AUGGGCCUGGAGGUCAAUCCAGCAGUUUGGAAAAAAUUGCAAGAUUGGCAUCAAUCACCAGAAUGUCGUGAAUAUAUAGACACAACACGAAGUCAGAUUCGAUUGGAAGCCAUAUCUGCAAAACAUGCAGAGUCUCUGGCUGUAAGGCAGGCUGGUACAGCAUUGAAACAGAAAGCAAAUGUCUAUAUCCCAGCUGAUGAUGAUGAACUGUCAGAUGUGGAUUUGUCCAACAAGGAAUUGACUCAACCCAAAAAACCUCAAAGAGAAAUUUCCACUGAUGCAAUUGUCACAAACUGGGUUCAAGAGCAGGGGAGAUCAAUGGAUACAGUGGCAUCUAUGGAGAAUCCUGUAACCCAUGCACAUGAAGGUCUUAUGCUGGUUAAUAUUAAUAUGGUCAAUGAUAGCACCCCUUUUUCUGAGCCUGGAGGUGGAGCACAGGAUCAGGAGGCUAAAUAUAAAGUAGAUGUUAAUGCUCUUCAAGAACCUGAUGUUAGUAAAUUUUCCUCCACCCAGCUGAUGACAAGCAAAAACUGGAAAAAAGUAAUGGGCAAGGUUGAAUGCUACCGUCAAAUGCUAGCAAAAAAGCACUGUCUUCAUGAUCCUCUCUAUUACUACAUUGUUGACCAUUCUGGCCAACAUGGUCCUACCAUGAGCUUAUUGCAUAAGUAUCUCCCAGCAAUGAGAGGCUCUUUGGCAAAAGAGGCAAGGUUUACUUUGCCAACCAUGUCAGAUGGUCAAGCACACCUUUUUAACCAACUGUUUGUGGCCAAGCAUCCAGAUGAUAUCUCUGUGAAAACAGAUGAGGAACGUCGCAUCCGGGACCUUGUCACAAGCAUAGUCAAAGCUAUUAGCAUGCCUGGAAAGGACAAUAUUGGAAAGAUGGAGCACACAAUGCGUAAUGUUGUCCCUUUUUUGGAUGCAACAAUAGGAUGUGAUGAGGAGUGCCGAGUUCAUUAUGGUGAGCAGACCCUUGAACCAACUGCUGUCCAGCAUGACAUAGGCUGCAAUCCAAUUAAUCGUGCACAAUGUGGGUACAAAGUUGAUAUUAUUGUUGAGUAUCAGCAGCUUAACUGGUUACCAGUUGUUGCCUGUGGAGAAGUUUCUGGUGGUUUACCACAGUGUUCACAUUGCAAAGAGUGGCUUGACACACUUAAGCUUGGUCUGGAGCUCCGUGAUGUGUGGAUUAUGGCACAGACAGAACUAGUCAUUGCUGAUGCUUACAACUUGGUUGUUUGGGGUUUCACAGUAGUUGGCCGGAAACUCCGCAUCUAUGCACUUGCUGCUGUGGAGCAGCUUUUUCACCUGGUGUUGGUGGAGGAGGCAUCUCUUCCAUCAUCCCACCAUGAUCUCAUAAACACUGAGCAUGUUUAUCUCACAAUGGUGGGCUUUGGUAAGAAGGUGGAGAUAACAAAAAGGAUGCUAGACAAUUGGAACCAGCAAAGGGUUGCUGCUAGGAGGGAGAGGGAAAGAACACCAGAACAAAGACCAAAG